CACGCUUCCGUCUCGCGACCUCGCCGGAAAAUCUCCCCCAAAAUAUCGCAGCAGCGAGUGACGCCAUGGCCGCCGCCGCCGCCGCCACCGCCACCGUCCUCCUCCUCCCGCCUCUGCGGCCGCACCCCAGGCUGGGGAUAACCUCCACCGCAUCACGGCCUCUUCCACUCCAUUGCCUCGGCCGCCGCCGUGCCGCGGCCGCGGGGCGGCUCAGGGCCGUCGCCGACCGGAACGUCUACGACGGCGUGUACGGGCCCUGGACCGUCGAGUACUCCGACGUCCGCGAGGUUCUUCUGUAUCGGUCCGGGCUGGUCACCGCCGCGGCUUCCUUCGUGGCCGCCGCCUCCGCGGCCUUCAUCCCGGAGGGGAACGCCGCCGGCGACGCCGUCAGGCAGAGCCUCGAUCUGUUCUACGCCACCGGAGCGGCGGGGCUGGGGCUGUCGCUCGUGCUGAUUCACAUCUACGUCACCCCGAUCAAGCGCUUCCUGCAGGCGCUGUGGGUGGUCGGAGCCCUCGGCUCCGUCGGGACGUACGUCGCCGCCGCGCAGCCGCUCGACGAGAGCCUGGUCCGCUACGUGCUCGACCACCCGGCCGCGCUGUGGUUCGUCGGGCCUACGUUUGCGGCGCUCACAGGCCUCGUCUUCAAGGAAGGUCUCUGCUAUGGAAAACUGGAAGCUGGUAUCUUAACUUUUGUAAUCCCAGGCCUUCUUCUUGGGCACCUGUCUGGUCUAAUGGAUGAUGGAACAAAAGCCGGCCUUUUAGGAGUUUGGAUGGUUCUAUUCACUGUAUUUGCAGCAAGAAAAUUCCAACAGCCCAUCAAGGAUGACAUCGGCGACAAAUCUGUUUUUAUGUUCAACGCCCUCCCUGAAGAGGAAAAGAAGGCAUUGCUACAGAAGCUCCAAAUGCAAACUGAGACUGAUGAUAUCUGAGUAGCUCGUAGCAGGCACAAAUGGUUCUAUCUGUAGAAUCAGCUGUACCUGGAAGAAUGCAAUUGAUAUACAUGUAGUUUCAGUCACAGGCCAGUAACUCAAUAUGUGAAUGGGAGUACAGUAAUUGCGAAGAGUUGUUGCAAAUCAGUUGAAUCAAGACAGUAAUGAGCUGGUGGGGUGGGGGGGUAUAUGAUGUUAUUAGUGCCGGUACUGUCAAUAUAUGUCACAUAAUGUAGAUGCUGUAUUUAUGGAUUUGGCUACGUUUCCGCAUAAUGUAGAUGCUGUAUACAGUUA